AUGCCGAGUAAAAAGGAGCGACUUCCCUUCGUGGUGUAUGCCGAUCUGGAAUGCGUGUUGGAGAGAGAGAAGAUAGACGAGGAUGGCUUCAAGAGUUACGCCUAUCAGCAUCACAAAGCGUUCAGCGUGGGAUACUAUCUGUGCAGCGCGUACGAAGAGAUCGCACCCGCGUACAGAUUUUGUCGCGGCGGGGACUGUGUGUCGUGGUUCGUCAACGAGCUCAACGGUAUCGCGCAUCGCGCGAAGAAGAUACUUUCGACGAGCGAUAUAGCUAAUAGCUUCGAGGGUAGCAUCGAUUUAUUACCGCUCACUAAAGAGAGGUACAUAUCGUUCACGAAGAAUGUGAGUGGGACGUUGUCGCGCGGUGGAAACUGCGUGAAGUUGCGAUUCGUGGAUUCGUUCAAAUUUCUCAGCGCCAGUCUAGAGAAAUUGGCGUCGUAUCUCGAUAGGAACAAGCUGAGAAUCACGCGUUUGGGAUUUCCGGAACUGAGCAAAAGCGAUUUUGACCUGCUCACCCGUAAAGGCGUAUUUCCGUAUGAGUACGUUGACGAUUUCGAUAAGUUGCUGGUGACGAAAUUACCGCCGCGAGAGGCUUUUUAUAGUUCGUUGACCGGCGAUACCGUGACCGAUAGCGAAUACGAGCACGCGUGGAACGUCUGGCUUUGUUUUCGCGUGGAAAAUCUCGGCGAGUACAGCGAUCUGUAUCUUAAAACGGACGUGCUUCUCCUGGUGGAUAUCUUCGAAAAUUUUCGUGACACCUGUAUCGAAACUUACAGACUGGAUCCCGCGCAUUACUACACUUUACCGGGAUACACGUGGGACGCGAUGCUGAAGUACACAAAGGUGUCAUUCAAAUUGCUCACCGAUAUUGACAUGAUAAUGUUCGUGGAGCGCGGUAUCCGCGGCGGUCUGAGUCAGUGCUCCAACAGGUACGCGCACGCCAACAACAAAUACAUGCGAUCGUGCGACUCUUCGCGACCGUCGACGUAUCUCAUGUACCUCGACGUGAACAAUCUGUACGGCUGGGCGAUGUGUGAACCGUUGCCGCACACGGAGUUUCAAUGGGUCGACGACGCAGAGAGUCUCGACGUAAUGUCUGUGACAUUGGACUCCGCUAUCGGUUACAUCUUGGAGGUCGAUCUUGCGUACCCGCGUGAACUCCACGACGCUCACGCUGACCUUCCGUUCUGCCCUAUGCGCGAUAAGCCUCCCGAAAAACGGUGCGAUAAACUCCUCGCCACUCUGUGCGAUAAGUCGCGCUACGUGCUGCACUACCGUAAUCUACAGCAAUGCGUAAAACACGGAUUGCGCGUCACGAAGAUUCAUCGCGCGCUGCGAUUCGCGCAAUCUCCAUGGCUUCGCGGAUACAUUGAGCUCAAUACGGAAUUAAGAACUCGCGCUAGCAACGAUUUCGAGAGAGAGAUGUACAAAUUAAUGAACAACGCGGUAUUCGGCAAGACCAUGGAAAACGUGCAAGAUCAUGUCGACGUGCGUCUCGUGACGUGUUGGGAUGAGAGAUACGGCGCGGAAGCGAUGAUCGCGAAACCGAAUUUUCACAGUCGAAGCGUCUUUGCGGAGGAUCUGAUGGCUGUCGAAUUGCGCAGGCUCGAGGUGAGGUUGAACAAACCCAUCUACGUCGGUAUGAGCAUUCUCGAGAUAUCCAAGACGCGCGUCUAUGAUUUUCAUUACGACUACAUGGUGCCCUUGUAUCGCGAAAGAUGUAAGAUAAUGUACACUGACACCGACAGUCUCAUAUAUUUUCUCGAGUGCGACGACGUGUACGAGAAUAUGAAACGCGACAUUGCGAGAUUCGACACGAGCGGCUACCCCGAGAACAACGCGUACUGCAUGCCGCGUGUCAACAAGAAGGUACCCGCUUUGAUGAAGGACGAGAACGACGGCGCUGUCAUGACGGAAUUCGUUGGACUGAGGGCGAAGAUGUAUGCCUUAAAGGUCGAGGGAAAGAGCGACACGAAGAAAAUAAAGGGCGUUAAGAGAAACGUGGUUGCGAGAACGAUAACGUUCAACGAUUACAUGCAUUGCCUGAACGACGCGAUACAGCAGUCUAGGCGUCAGUCGUGUAUUCGUUCGACGUUACACAAGGUGUACACCGUGUCCGAGUUGAAGCUCGCUUUCAGUCCGUACGAUGACAAGAGAUACGUCGUUUUCGGCUCGUACGACACUCUACCGUGGGGGCAUUACAAGAUAUUGUCGUGA